AUGGAAAGUUAACAUUUGAUAGCUAAUAGAAAUCUCAAAUUAAGAUAUAUUUCAAAAUAAGCUACGGGGUGUGUAGGAUUAAGAAAUUAAGGAAAUACUUGCUAUAUGAAUAGCUAUUUAUAAACUUUAUAUCAUUUAUCGUUUUUUGCAAAAUAAGUUUUAAAUAUACCUUCUAAUUAAAAAAUUGAUAAUUUUCCUGAUGCUUUAUAAAUUUUGUUUUAUGAUUUAUUAACAGGAACAACUUAACAAUAAACUACAAAUUUAUUAAAAAGCUUUGGAUGGGAAUAUGAGGAUGCAUAAGUUUAACACGAUAUUUAAGAAUUCGGAUGUCAUUUGAUAGAAACCCUAGAAUAAAAUAUGGAUAAAUAUCCUGAAUUAAAAGGAUCUGUUUAAAAAUUGUUUUAAGGAUAAACUAUUUAUUAUAUUAAAUGCAUUAAUGUCAAUUUUAAAACUGAAAGAAUAGAACCUUUUUUUGAUAUAUAACUUUAAGUAAAAGAUAUGAGAAGUCUAAAGGAUUCUCUUAUUUAAUACACUUAAGAAGAAAUGUUAAUAGGAGAUAAUAUAUAUGAUACAGGCGAUUAAUAAUACGGGAAAUAAGACGCUAAAAGGGGAGCUAAAUUUAAAAUAUUACCACCGGUUCUUUAAAUAACCUUAAAGAGGUUUGAAUACGAUAAAAAUUAUGGUUACUUAAAAAAAAUACUUGAUCCUUAUGAAUAUCCUUUAAUUUUAGAUAUGAAACCUUUUAUGAACUUAUAUAAUUCUAAAAAAAGUGACAAUAAUGAAUUUUAAUAUGAACUUUUCGCAGUUUUAAUACAUAGUGGAUAAUAUAGUGGUUCUGGUCAUUACUAUGCUUAUAUAAAAAAAUAAAAAUAAUGGUUUAAAUUUAAUGAUUCUGUAGUUGAAAAAAUAAGUGAAUCUUAAGCAUUAUAAGGAGGUAGGGGAGGUAAUGCUACUCAUUUAGUUUGGAAACCUCUAGAAUUAAGUGGGUUUUUCAAGAAUUUUAUAAGUUGA